AUGUUCACCAGAAAUGUGGUUUCAUCGAUCAAGACCAAAAUCUGGGGCAAGGACACAGGGACGGCUGACGAGAGUCGUCCCGCUUCGCAACGGCGGCAUGCUGCGAGCCACGCUUGGUUGACGGAGGCGAGCGAGGGCUUGGACUACCUCAGGGCAAGAACCCCUUACCCGUCGUACUUGAUCAAAGCCAUGUUCGCCUACCACGCAGCUGCAUUCGUCAACGACAGUAAGCCCAGGUACGAGGCGGCAUUGGACCUCGGUAGUGGUCCGGGCCAGCUGGCAUUCCACUUUGCGACCAAAUUUGACAAGGUCUUUGCACGAGACCCCUCCGAGAGUCAUAUUGCGAUGGGUCGCAGCCUGGCCAUGCUGGCUAUCACGGAGGCUGAUGAGCUCGAGAGGGUGGGGCUUCCAGCUACGGACGGCCUUAAGCUCGAUUUUGACGUAGGAUCUGCUUCGGAGCCCAACAUCGAUGGACAGGUCGACAGCAUCGUGGUUGCAAACGCCUUUCACUGCUUUGACUGGUCAACACCGGAGUCUACUUGGGACCUAUGGACCACUUGGUCGAAGCUGCUUCGACCCAAUGGGACCAUCUUUGCCAUCGGCCUCGUCCCUUCCGUCGGGCCGCUUACUGGACCGAUGGCCGAGAGGACAAGACCGUUGCGCCAGCUCCUGAUGGGCGCGUCUUUUGAUAGCAGGAGCCCCAUCUCGCAGUACUACACUCACCCGCAAAUCCGGCUGGGCGCUGCCGAAUUCUAUUCCACCGCCAUCAUGCCUUGGACCCUAGGCGAUGACAGCCUGACGAGAGCAUGGCACAGCGAGUCGAGAGGCUACUUUGUCUUUGACUUUCCUCGAGACCUCGAGCUUCCUCCGGGAUUCAACAGCCCAAAAAGCGACGAACCGCUUCCCGCUUGGAUGCCCGAAGACGUUCAAAAGGCUGUCUCGGUGGGCAACGACGCAGGCAACGGUUUUGCUUACGCGAAGGACCCCUGGCGAACCACGACGCCUCGAAAGAUGGCUCAGUGGUUCAGAUCGCUCUCCGGCAGCACACGCUACUACAAAGACCAUCCCGAACAGAAGCUGCGCAUCGGGCGAGAGGAUGACAUGGUUGCCCGAGCCAUCAAGGGUGCAUGCGAAGAGGGCCGGAUCGGCUACGAUGACGUCCUAGAGCUCCACCACUCCGCUUCGCUCCUAAUGCUGCGGAGGAGCAAUCGACCGUAUACCUGA